AUGGAACAGGACUAUGACUAUCUCAUGAAAGUGCUUUUGAUAGGUGAUAGCUCUGUCGGGAAAACUUCAGUGCUCUUACGAUAUGUUGACGAUACCUACAACCCUGAGUUCCAAACUACAAUUGGAGUAGACUUUAAAAUCUCAACCAUGGAGCUACAAGGAAAGGUAAUCAAGCUUCAGCUUUGGGACACCGCAGGACAAGACCGAUUUAAAAAUAUCGUUGCGUCUUAUUACAGAGGCGCUCAAGGAGUUAUUUUGAUGUAUGAUAUAACGAACCAGGCGAGUUUCCAAAAUAUCAAGAAUUGGUACAACGAAACCCUGAAUCAUCUACAAUCGUCAACGCCUAAACUAUUAGUAGGAAAUAAACUAGAUUUAGCGUCACAGAGAACAGUAAAAUUAGCAGAAGCCCAAGAAUUGGCUGACAGACUGUCAAUGAGCUAUAUAGAAACGUCUGCUAAGAACAGCCAAAAUGUUAGGCUUGCAUUCGAAACAUUAACGAGAAGUAUGCUAAACCAAGUUAGCACGACUGAACCGAUGAAAGGGGUUGGAGGGGCGACAAAAAUAAAGGAUGGGAAAAGCAUUAAAAAAGGCACGUGCUGCAAUUCAUAA